AUGUCAAAGCAUGAACCUUCUUGGAAGAUGGGUGGUUCCAAGAUGACUUCACCUACAAGUUUCAUGUCCAAGUUGAUGGAGUACAAAGAAUUAUCUCCAUCUUUAAGUGCCCUUAAUCAAGCCAUUUUAGCCACCAAAGGUGGGUGCAUCAUUGGGUUGUACCUCCAUGCUGUCACUGAAACAAAGCUCGUAGUGGAUACUUCUAGAGGCGAAAAACUACGUAUCAAUUUUGAUGUCAUUUUUCCUGCCAUCCCGUGUUCAUUACUCAGCCUUGAUGCCAUGGAUAUCAGUGGGGAGCAACAUCUUGAUAUAAGACAUGAUAUAACCAAGAAAAGGAUUGAUUCUCAUGGUAAUGUUAUCGAAGUGAGGCAAGAUGGAAUUGGUGCCCCUAAGAUUGACAAGCCUUUGCAGAGACAUGGUGGCAGGCUUGAGCACAAUGAAACAUACUGUGGUUCGUGCUUUGGUGCCGAAAUGUCAGAUGAGGAUUGUUGUAAUACAUGUGAAGAAGUUCGUGAAGCUUAUCGAAGGAAAGGCUGGGGUAUGACAAAUCCUGAUUUGAUUGACCAGUGCAAAAGAGAAGGUUUCGUCCAAAAGAUUAAAGACGAAGAAGGUGAAGGAUGCAAUAUCUAUGGAUCUCUGGAAGUCAAUAAAGUGGCCGGGAAUUUUCAUUUUGUCCCUGGGAAGAGCUUUUUUCAGUCCAAUGUCCAUGUGCAUGAUUUACUGGCUUUGCAAAUGGAUAGUUAUAAUAUAAGUCACAGGAUCAACAGAUUAGCUUUUGGAGAAUACUUUCCUGGAAUUGUAAAUCCGCUUGAUGGGGUGCAAUGGGUGCAAGGAACACCAAGUGGAGCUUAUCAGUAUUUUAUAAAGGUGGUCCCUACGAUUUACAAAGAUAUAAGAGGGCACACUAUUCAGUCAAAUCAGUUCUCUGUGACAGAACAUUUUAAGGGUUCAGCAAUGGGUCACGUGCAGUCACUUCCUGGAGUUUUCUUCUAUUAUGACCUUUCUCCUAUUAAGGUUACCUUCAAGGAGGAGCAUGUAUCAUUCUUACACUUCUUGACAAAUAUUUGUGCAAUAGUUGGAGGUAUCUUCACAGUUGCCGGAAUAGUAGAUUCAUUUAUUUAUCAUGGUCAGAGGGCUUUGAAGAAGAAAAUUGAAAUCGGAAAAUUCAGCUAAUGGUUCGGAAAAUUGGAAGACGGUCGACUUUCGGCGAACUGUUAGAUACGGGGCAAUACCGUUUGUUUCUCUUCUCAAGGUGCUAUCUUUUUUCUUCACAUCCGUUACAUAAACGAUUUUGAUUAUUUAAGCAAAUUUCAGUAUGGUUGGUAGUGUUCCAUCCUCCAUCUCCCACCCGUCUUUCUUUCUUGGUGGCUUUAAUCGUUCCAACCACUUGCUCUUUGGCUUGAACAUAAAUUUUCGAUGGUAGUUUGACAGUUUGUCGCUUCAACCUAAUUUGUAUUUAAUUUACUACCAUGGUUGGAUUUUUCAUUUUAUUAUUGACUUAGACACUUGUCAAAGCUAGAUGUGGUCCUCGAUGUUGUGAAGGUCGGUCUUUAGACUGUUACUACACUCACGUCUUGUUAAUGUUUGAGUUAGGCCUGUCAAUGAUUUGGAUUCAGAUUUGGAUAUGACAGAAUCCGAUCUAUAUCCAAUCCUUUGAUAGGUCUAGUUUGAGCCAUAGUAUUGCUGAAGUUGUGGCAUUGUUAAAUUGAGGACUUCUAGAAUCGGGUAAGACCACGGUACCAAAAUUACUGCAUUAUAUUAUAGAGAAUUAUUAUUUUUUUUUUGGAUGACAGAAAUGUUAACAAGGUAACAAUUACUUGGCGCAAAGAGUGGUAAGGAAACUUUCAGAAGUUAU